UAAUUCUAAAAUCCCCCAGUGCGUAAUUGAACAAUUGGUCGGUAGUUAACCCUUGAAUAACUUGAUAUAAACUGACUGGGUAUAUAAGGCGCGCACACGCGCCACUCAUCACAACUCCAAAGUAAACGUCACCGUUACCGUGAUUUUGGAAGAGCUGGGUGCAAAUCCGGAUCACUCAAAGACUUGACUUACUUAGAACUACACCAUGCUUCAGGUGAUACCAUGUCUAUCCAAGUUUCAACAGGUGUGGUUAGUUCUAGUUCUUGCGGAUGUAUUCCUUCUAGGAUUCGGACGUGCGAUUCAGGAUGACGGCAGGUUCUUGUGUUUUCCUUCACCUAAAACAGAAAAGUAUUGCAUCUGUUUCGACAUGGAAGAUUCCACUUAUGCUUACGUCCCGACAAACGAAUUUCCAGCACAGCUAGCAUUUAUGAUUCAAGAUGGAAGCUUCGAAGACAUGAUUCCUGCUGACGAUCAUGUGAUGAACGAGGGGAUGAAGUUUGGACAACAUAAACGAACAACCGGAAGUAACGUGCAGGCUGUCAAGUCUUUGCUUCUCAGUUUGAUUCGACAAGUGUCAUCAUACCAGGGUGUUACCAAGCGGUCCCAUAUGUUGUCAAAGCGACCUUUUGACUCUAUUUCGUAUGGCAGUUAUUUCGGUGGCUUUGGUAAAAGAUAAUGUUUGUAUAGUCAUUUAUUUUGAUAUUCGGUUUAAUAAAGUAUUUUCACGGAGUUGUAGAAAACAAUAAAUACAUUUUUACGGACAUUUGUAUAGAUAAUAACUACCUUUAAAGAUUCAUGUUAAUGUAAUAUUUCAAAAUGGUGAAUAUUACUAUCAGGACUGAACAACUAUUCAUUAUGAAACAGAGUGGCCCCGCAAGUAUUCUUCUGGCCAAUUUCGCUGUUUUCUAGGUUAAUAAAAGUAUUUUAGUUGCU